UACUUUUUCGUGAUUAUUUAUACAGGCAUUUUCUCAGCAUACAGUACUUUCAUUCUCGUUCCUGGAGCAUGUAAUAUAUGUCCUUAACCAGAUGCCUAUACUUAAAGGUGAUUUGGAGAAAGGAGACAGUUCUAAUCAUAACACUAAUGGUCACAUAGACAAAGACAUCCUGCAGGCUGCUAUUUUUGCUCUCACUGCCUUCUUCAGAGGUGGUGGUAAAGUAGGAAAAAAGGCUGUUGAACAAAGUUAUUCUUCUGUUUUAGCAGAACUUUUACUCCAGCUGGGAAGCUGUCAUGGUUUAGCUAGUUCUGGUCAACAAGAACCAUUACGGGCCCUUCUAAUUGCAUUUCAAGCAUUCUGUGAAUGUGUUGGUGAUCUUGAAAUGGGAAAGAUUUUGGCUAGAGACAGAGGGCAAAAUGAAAACGAGAAGUGGAUCAAUCUUAUUGGAGAUUUAGCCGGGUGUAUUUCUAUAAAAAGACCAAAAGAGGUAAUAUGAUCCACUUGGGAUUCUCUUUCUAUAAUUCCUUUUGUUUG